CACCUUCUGAUCAGCAGCAGCAUAUAUAAUCUUCUGCUAUAGCUCCUAGUUUUUAUAGGAAAAGCAAUAAGAAGCAAAGAAAAAUGUGUAUCAACAACAAUAUUGAGAAGAUCCCAUCUGGUCUAGUCCUGUCUUUGGAAAGAAAGCAAAGAUCAAAGCGAUCUAAAGUUCAAGUUCACAGGCUUACCAGCAGGAAAGGAUGUGAAGAAAAGGUAGAAAAGGAUAUGGAACUCAAGAACCUGAAGCUAUAUUUGGAGAACAAAAGUAUAAUUGAAGAGAAUGAGAAGCUGAGGAAAAAAGCUAGUCUUCUUCACCAAGAGAACUUAGCCUUAAUGUAUGAGCUUCAGAAGAAGUUCCCCCAUUUGGACAGUUUCUCCUCUACCCUAGUUCACAAACACUGAGAUAUAUCAAAAGAAGAGAAGUGAUGUUCUCUCUGCCCCUCUCUUGAGUCUCUAGCUUUCUUCUUUUCUGUUUUAGGAUCAUGUUAUUGGAGAGUUAGCAAUAAUUAAUCAUAUGGUGAAAUAUGCUAAAAGAUGAAAUUAAGCUUGGAUCAAAUUCUAUGCUUUUUAUGAGUUCUGGACAAAUUUUGGCUAAAAGAGGAUUUGACUAGUUCAAUAUUGCAAGUGCU